AUGGCGACAUACUCACAUAUGUUUGUCACCCUUGUCAUCCUUUCUAUUCUCAGUGUCCACUUCCAAGCCCAAGGAGCAACAGAAAGUGUCGCAACUGACAACUCAGUACGUGACAGGAAGACAAUUGUCCAAGGGACCUAUUUGCCUCAAAGAACCGUUUCAAGACGGUGCACACCAUGCAGAAGUUGUGCACAAAAAACUUGUUGCUACGAAUUUAUUUGCAAUGAUCCUACAAAUCCAGGUCUCACUUGCGUUGGUACUAUGCUCUAUUGUGGCUGUACUAUUGAAACUUGUAAUAGUAAUUUUUAA